AUGAGCUCUUACUUUGUAAACUCGUUCUCAGGGCGCUAUCCAAAUGGCUCCGACUAUCAGUUACUAAAUUAUGGGACUAACGGCGCUGUGAGCGGCUCGUUCAGAGACCCUGGCACCAUGCACUCCGGGUCUUUCGGCUACAACUACAAUGGCAUGGACCUAACCGUGAACCGCACCAACACCGGCAGCCACUUCGGGGCCGUGGGAGACGAUGCCCGGGGUUUCGGGCCGGACGCCCGGUACAGACAGACACCCAACUGCUCGCUCUCAUCUCCAGAUCCGGUGACGCCGUCGUGCGCCACGGCCAGCCGGGAGCCCCUGGAACUAAAAAGCUCCUCUCCUCCAUCUGACCGGAGCACGACCUCGACCGGCAACAAUCUCAACAAAAGCAACAGCGCUCAUUUCACAGAGAUAGAGGACACCAGCGUCGCCUCCGAGACCGAGGAAGGCGCACACAGCAGCGGCGGAUCCAGCACGGCACCCCGGGCGCAGCAGCACCAGGAACCCAACGCCACCUCCUCAACUCCCACAUCAAAUGAUUGCCAAACGCCACAAAUAUUCCCCUGGAUGCGGAAACUGCACAUAAGCCAUGAUAUGACUGGACCUGAUGGGAAAAGGGCCCGAACUGCGUACACCCGCUACCAGACGCUAGAGCUGGAGAAAGAGUUUCACUUCAAUAGGUACCUAACCAGACGGCGGAGGAUAGAGAUAGCCCACACCCUGUGUCUCUCGGAAAGACAAAUCAAAAUCUGGUUUCAGAACCGCAGGAUGAAGUGGAAGAAGGACAAUAAACUGAAAAGCAUGAGUCUUGUAACAGGAGGGAGCGCCUUCCACAACUGAGUUUUGCAUAACUUGGGGAAUAAAAUAAUAAUAAUAAUAACAAAAAAAAAAAAAGAGAAAUCCA